AAGGCUGCCGCUGCCAAGAAGGCCGCUUUGAAGGGCGUCCGUGGCAAAUCGGUCCGUAAGGUCCGUACCUCGACCCAUUUCCACUUGCCAAAGACCUUGCGUUUGGCCCGCAAGCCCAAGUAUGCUCGCAAGUCGGUACCUCACUUGCCCCGCAUGGACCAAUACCGUGUCGUUCGCAACCCCUUGAACACCGAAACCGCCAUGAAGAAGAUUGAGGAGCACAACACCUUGACCUUCAUUGUCGAUGUCAAGGCCAACAAGCACCAAAUCAAGGAUGCUGUCAAGCGUCUCUAUGAUGUUGAGGCUUUGAAGGUCAAUACCCUCAUUAGACCCGACGGCAAGAAGAAGGCUUACGUCCGUUUGACUGCUGAUGUCGAUGCUUUGGAUGUUGCCAACAAGGUAUGUAAAGGAGAGAGUUGGCUAUGUGUAUGA